CUAAUUGUCUGCACCAGAGCUGGAGAAUGCCACCCAAAAUGAAGAGAGAAAAGGGAGCCCUAACCAGAGCCUCCAAUGUCCUGCACCUCACUCCUUUUGUGUACCUUCUUCUGAUCCAUACAGACACCCUGGAAGGAGUGAACAUCACCAGCCCAGUGCACCUGAUCCAUGGCACUGUGGGGAAGGAGGCCCUGCUGUCCGUGCAGUACAGUAGCACCAGCAGUGACAGGCCUGUUGUGAAGUGGCAGCUGAAACGGGACAAGCCAGUGACCGUGGUGCAGUCCAUUGGCACAGAGGUCAUUGGUACUCUGAGACUUGACUAUCGAGACCGCAUCCGGCUAUUCGAAAAUGGCUCCUUGCUUCUAAGUGACCUGCAGCUGUCUGAUGAAGGCACGUAUGAAGUUGAGAUCUCCAUCACCGAUGAUACCUUCACUGGGGAGAAGACCAUCAACCUCACUGUAGAUGUGCCCAUUUCAAGGCCACAGGUGGUAGUGACUUCGACCACUGUGCUGGAGCUCAGUGAGACCUUCACCCUGAACUGCUCACACAAGAAUGGCACCAAACCCAGCUACACUUGGUUGAAGGAUGGCAAGCCUCUCCUCAAUGACUCGCGCAUGCUCCUGUCCCCCAACCAAAAAGUGCUCACCAUCACCCGAGUGCUCAUGGAGGAUGAUGACCUAUACAGCUGUGUGGUGGAGAAUCCCAUCAGCCAGGGCCGCAGCCUGCCCGUCAAGAUCACAGUGUACAGGAGAAGCUCCCUCUAUAUCAUUUUGUCUACAGGAGGCAUCUUUCUCCUUGUGACCUUGGUGACAGUCUGUGCCUGCUGGAAACCCUCUAAGAAGAAGAAGUGGAAGAUGGAGAAGCAAACCUCCCUGGAAUACAUGAAUCAGAAUGAUGAUCGUCUAAAACCAGAAGCAGAAACCCUAGCACGAAGUGGAGAGCAAGAGCGGAAGAACCCCAUGGCUCUCUAUCUCCUGAAGGACAAGGACUCCCCCGAGCCUGAGGAAAACCCUACCCCGGAGCCUCGGAGUUCCACAGAGCCAGGCCCGCCUGGUUACUCAGUGUCUCCAGCCGUAGCAGGUCGCUCACCCGGGCUGCCCAUCCGCUCCGUCCGCCGCUACCCGCGAUCCCCAGCACGCUCCCCUGCCACUGGUCGGACGCACACAUCACCACCCAGAAACCCCAGCUCUCCUGGUGGCUCGCGCAGCACCUCGCGUACACUGCGGACUGCCGGCGUGCAAAUAAUCCGCGAGCAAGACGAGACCAGUCCAGUGGAGAUCAGCGCUUGA